UGCAUAUUACUUAUUAUUAUAAUAAAGAAACGUCAGCUAUCCAGUUAUAAAUUAUUCCAAUGUUAUUAAAAAUACUACGUACUAUCUAAUAAUUGAGAGAAUAGAAAAAGUAUAAGUUGAAAGCGAAUAGUAAUGUAACAAAAAAAACCGUGCACCUAUGAUACUAAUACACGAUCAGUUGUUUCAUUAUUUGUGUAGGAAGUGCACUGUAAAAUAUUAAAUUAAUAUGUUGCAGUAAUCAUUAUAUUAAAAUAGAGUAAUGAUUGAAAAUCUAGUAUGUCGUCACACUUGUUACCCCGCUUAUUUAAUAUUUAUUUCAUUGUACUAUGAAUUUAAAUAAAAAGGUAAGGAACUAUUACAAUUUAAUAUUGUGCUGUGCAAUCUUAUAUAAUUCAUUAGAAAUUAUGUUAUUUAGUCGUUUGCGUUCGUAUCUCACAAAGACUAUGCUACUCAUUUUUCUGUUUGUUUUUUUAAAUUAAAACCUAGUAACUUGUAAUUUUAUGUAUUAUUACUACAAUAAAAAUUGUACUUUCAUAGAACAGUGGCAUGGAAAAUCAGUUGAUUUAUUACUGUAAUCUCAAUUCUACAAAACCUGAAUUAAAUACGAAUAGCAGUAUCUUCAUUUCAUACAAUCCUGUAAAUAGUUAAUUAAUGAAUCCCUGAUUUUGAACCAAAAAAUUGAUAUUUUUUAUUUUGCUGCAUUGUAUUUAUUAUGAUUCGCGUUAUUAUAAUAAGUUACGAUAUUUUCACAAUUUUGGCUUGGUCAAAAUAUCCAGCACUCCUUGCAGUGUUGAAAGGCACCCCUAGUACCCCUAUCUCCUAUUCACUGUCAGCUGCGGCAUACGCGCUCCCUCCACUUUUCUGAUUAAAGUCUAGCAGCGCAAUGGGGUUGCGCACUUUUUCAGGUAGUCAAUUAAUUUUGAUCAGUUUAAAUGAAUCUUGCGAGUACUUCUCUAUUUUGUGUUAUUUCCGUUAGAGAUCAAAGGAUUGAGAACACAGUGAUUAAAUAAAGAAGAAUCUGUCGUUUAUUACGGAAAUACAUCGUAUUUUGUAUGGAUCUGUGCCGCGUAUCUUAACAUUUCUGACCGUAACGUAAAUGUUACAAUAACAAUGAAUGAUAUACUGAUUCUUAAAGAGAAACAUAUGAAGAUGGUGGACUUAAAAAUAAAUGAUUUGUUUCAAAAUCAGUUUAAGUUCAUCGAUCACGUUAAUAACGAAGCAAUCGAACGUUACAAUGAGGACGAAAUAAAAGUGAAGGAUUUGACGUCGGAAGUAACCUCGAUAAAAGAGUAUCUACAGGCUGACAAACAAAGUUUGGAACAUAAGGAUAACGAGUUAGCCAAAUGUUUAGGCUGCAUAGCAGAAUUAGAAGCAGAGAAAAAGAAAUUUCUCGAAGAAAAUCACUUAUUGGAAUUGCAAAGGAGUAAACUCAAAGCAUGUAAGAGCAACGUGCAUGAUGAAGAGUUGUUGACUCGUGGAAGAAGGAGGUUUACAUUGUAUAAGCAGAUAACAGGAAUACAUUGGGAUUAUGGACGACUUAAGGAAAGCAUUGCAGGAUAUGUAUGCAAUGAGAAAACAAACUACGUUCGUCAUUUUUCUUAUCAAAAAGAGAACACAAAAAAUGUCAGCAAUCUUCUGUGGGAGGAGAUACAUAAAUCUGUAGUCUAUGCAGAAAAUAAGGAUACACACGAGAAGGAAAAUAUUGUACAGAAUAAAAUUCUAUAAUGUACAUUAAAAUAAAUAUUUAUAUAAAUAAACAA